AUGAAAUAUCUCAUAGCAUUAUCUCUGCUGAUAAUAUUGCUAGCUGGAUCCAUUCCAACUGCUACUGCAUCAACUUGCAACUUCUUUUUGGAUAGUGAUGGUUCUUGUGUUUAAAAGUGCCUUUAUCCUAAAAUUGGAGAUGCUGCUACUAAAUCAUGCUUAGCUGAUGACAGUUAAUGUAAGACAUAUUACCUUAAAGAACCUAAUGUUUGUGUUCCUUAAUGCCCUAAGUUAUUUAAAGCUUAAGCCGUUACUGAUAAGAAAUAUUAAAUUUGUGUUCCUUGCAUUUUCUAAGAUUCAUAAGGAAACUGUUAUGAAAAUUGCCCUCCAGGCCUUAUCACUGAUUUAACUUCUUAAAAAUGUUUGAGCUCACCCUCUUAAUGUUAAGGAUUCUAUAUUAAAGAAAUGCAAUCUUGUGUAAGUAAUUGUCCACCUAAUUUUACUGCUGAUAAGACUUAAACACCUAGCGUUUGUAUAAACUGUAAAUUAAAUGGAACUUGCCCUAACCAAAAUGGAAAUGCAAGUGGAAAUAAUGGAAAUAACGGUAAUUCAAGUGGAAAUAAUGGAAAUACUGGCGGAAAUAUUCCUAUUAAUAGUAACUGUGCUCUUUAUCUCGCAGCUGAUAUGCAAGGAUGUGGAUCAUAAUGUCCUCCACAAUAAAUUGCUUUGGCCUAAGUUUAAGGUUAGUCUUAUAUUCAAUGCUAGCUUUGUCCUGCUACAACUCUUUUUGUCAGUUAUGAUGGAUCUACAUGUGUUAGUUAAUGCGCUGCAGGUUAAGUUAUUAAUAUGAAAACAUUAAACUGUAUCUAAUAAGCUUAAUGCACAAAUAGUAUCUUUACUGAUGAUAAAAACGUCUCUUGGUGUGUUGAUAAAUGUCCUCCUUAACUAUAAUCUGUCUCUGUUAGCAAUCAAAGUUACACUAAUUGCUAAGCUUGUCCAACUGGAUAAUAUUUGAGUAUUGCAACUGGAAAAUGUGUAAGCUCAUGUGAUAUCUUAGACCCUACAGGAAAAAUCUGUUUGCCUGAUAUAUAGCAUUGCAUAGGAUAUAUUUCUGUAGAUUAGACUAAAUGUUAGGCAAGUUGUAGCUCUGGUUAAUAUAUUUCAUAAGGUUUAAUUGAAGGUCAAUUUAACUGUGUUGCUAAAUGUUAAGAUUCUUAAUACAUUCUACAGAAAUAGGAUAAUAAGAAUUAAACCUUAAAUUUAUGUGUCGACAAAUGUCCUCAAUUUUAAUAUCCAGGAUAAAACAAUAUUUGCACUUCUGUUACAAACUGUUCAAAUUAUUUAUCGAUGGAUGGAAAAAAUUGCUUGACUUCAUGUCCUGCUGGAUAAUUCCCUCAAACAGUACCAAAUAAAAAAAUUUAGGUCUGUAUGCCUUGCUUCUAGAAACUAUCUUCUGAUGGUAAAUCUUGCAACGCUAGCUGCGCUACAGGAGAAUUAUUUGAUGUUGAACAAAAGAAAUGUAUUUCUUCUAGUUAAUGCACUGGAAUAUAAUAAAAUGGUUUAUGCUUAUCAAAGUGCUAGCCAGGUUAUUUACUUUAAGUAGAUUCAAGCAAUAAUAAAUCAUGUGUCUUAAUGAAUGCCUGUCCUAAUUACAUUUCCUCAGAUAGAAAAUCCUGCGUUACAAGCUGUGCCUCUAAAGAAGGAGUUCUCACAGCUAACAAUUUAAAAGUAUGUGUAAUCUGCCCUCUUGGUCUUGCUUCUGAUGGAAAAAGCUGCUUAACUAGCUGUUAAUCUGGCUAAAUCUAUGAUGUCUCUUCAAAAUCUUGCAUUAAUUCUUCAAGUUGCUCAGGUAUUUUGAGUGCUAAUGGAAAAAGAUGUGUAGCUGCUUGUGAAUUCCCAGAAGUAAAGCCUUCUUCAACAGCUACUUAAUGUUCUUACAAAUGCAAUAGUGGAUAACUCUAUUAGGAUGGAGUUGGAUGCAUAGAUCCUAGUAGUUGUACAGGAUAUUAAUCAGCCAACGGUCAAUUCUGUGUUUCUAACUGUAAUAGCAUACGUUAAAUUGUAGGAAGCAGUACUUCUACUCCCAAGACAUGCCAAAAAUGCCCAGAUGGGUAAUAUCCUUAAAUUUAAUCUGAUAAUUCAAUAUAAUGCGUUGAUAAGGAUUCAAAUCCAAUUUCCAACAUUUAAGACUAGUUGAGUGGUGUCUUGAAUUCAAGUGGAGGCUCUACUUUAACACCAAGUCAAAAAGAUGCUGUUAAAGAUAUACUUUAAUAAGUCACAAAGGAUUUUGAAUCAUCAAUAACUUAAGCAUAAAGCAGCUCCUCUGUUACUCCAGAUUAAUUACAGUCUAUUAUCCAGUCUGGAGUUUCCAAUUUGAAAACUACUAUAUUUAAUGUGUUAAAAUAAGUUAAUCCUUAUGAUGCUUCUACUAACAUUGAUCAUAAUAAUAAUAAUGUUUAAGAUUAGAAUUCAAUCGUUUUAGGCUCUUCAACAGUUUAAAUCAUAGCAGAAAAGUAGAAACCUGGUUUCGCAUUCAAACUUAAAUUCAAUUUAAAGGAUUUAAUUGCUAGUUUUUCAACAUCUCUUUAACAAGAUAGCACCUAAGCUCCUACUCUUAGUUCUACUUCAAGUACUACCUCAACUUCUUCUUCUUCUUCGUCAUCAUCAUCUUCCAGCUCUGUAAAUAGUUCUAGCUCAGGUUAGAGUAUUGGUGAUGCUACAGGCUAAACUGAUUCGACAAUUACAGCUAUGCAAGUAACUUAUUUAUCUACUAACCCUAACUGCUCUACUUGUCCUACUGGUCUUACUAGUAUUGAUACUUAGACAUCUGGAAGAUUAAGAAAUUUGUAAGCAAGUACUGGUUAGACUUUCUAGCUAACUUAUAAUGUAGACCCUUCUCAAAUUCAGAAAACAAUUUGCGUAUCUUAUGAUUCAAAUAACAACAUGACAGUAAAUCCUACAAGUAUAGAUACUGUCAAUAAUUAAAUAACUUGCACUUUUACUUCUAAUUCUUCUCUCUACUACGAUUCCACUUGUUAGUACGUAAGCUAAUCAUUGUGUUCCUCAUCAAAUUCAAACAAUAAUAACUCAGGAUUUAAUGCAUCAGUUACCCCAAGUUCUGGUAAGUUACUGAGCAUUAGUGCUGCUUUAGGAAUUAUAGUACUUGCAAUUUUUUGA